UGAAGACAGGGGCCCCCUUUUGACUGACAGCGCUUGGGAAGGAAGACGAAUUCUUGUCUGAUUUCCCCGCAGCCACAGCGUCGAUGAGAAGCAGUCGAGGGACUCCAUUCUAACUGAAUGGAUUGGUAUGGGGAGAAGCGGACCACAAAUCACGGCUAAGCGGCAGCUGUGGGACUGUAUAACGUUGACCAUGGUUUUACUUUCGCUGCUGUUUCGACCAGCUCACUGCCAGCAGUGCCGAAUCCAGCGCUGUAAUGCAGAGUACGUGGCUUCUACCUCACCCUCUAGUGGUCUGCAGGAUGAUGUGGCUCUGGAUGUGGACUACUGCAUUGCCCUGCGGGCCUAUGCUCUGUGCACACGGCGGCAGGCACGCAGCUGCAGGGGGGACCUGGUCUACCACUCAGCUGUCUUCCGCAUAAAGGAGUUAUUCUCUCAGCAUAACUGCUCCAGUGACGGACCCACCUCCUCAGCAAAGGUCCCAAGCACAUCUCGGCCAGUUGUGUCCGAGCUCUGCAACUACGAGAACCGUGUAUUGACAUCCGGCUCAGGCGGUCAGCAGAAGAAAUACGCCCACUGUGGAUUAUUUGGAGACCCGCAUCUGCGGACUUUCCGAGACGAGUUUCAAACCUGCAAAGUGGAGGGGGCGUGGCCUCUGAUUGACAACCGCUUCCUGUCUGUGCAGGUGACCAAUGUGCCUGUUGUGCUAGGAUCCAGCGCAACGGCAACCAGCAAGAUCACAGUGAUCUUUAAGUCGUACCACGGCUGUACGGAGCAGAAGGUGUACCAGGCCACCACAGAAGAUCUGCCAGUGGCAUUUCAGGAUGGUACUCGCAGUGGCGGCGAGAGCGGCAGCCUAACCAUAGUGGAGCGUGGCGGCUCCGGAGUGGGCCGGCAGGUGAGGAUACAGGCCCGCUACAUCGGUACCUCUAUCAUUGUCCGCCGUGUGGGCAGCUACUUGACCUUUGCCAUCCGCAUGCCAGAGGACACACUGGACUUCUCAGAAGACAAUGGCGGCCUGCAGCUCUGCCUGCACGGCUGCCCACGCAACGAGCUCAUCAAAGAGCACACGCUUGGCCGACAAAGCCAGCAGCCCCGCCUGCAGGGCACCAACACAGAGCAUGGUCCUCUGCGGCCCCCUCAUCAGGUGUAUACAGUUGAGCGGGCCACUGCGAAGUGUAGAGAGACUCUUCAGGUAGAGGACGUGUACUUUCAGUCCUGUGUGUUUGACUUGCUGACAACAGGAGACCCUGAGUUCUCUAUGGCUGCUUAUGGCGCUCUGGAGGAUUUAAAGGCGCUGCCGCCCAGUAAACUGAAGCAGAACUCCCCGAGGACUCCUCGUCUUCACAACCGAGGGGCCUCAAACAUGUCGGCAGCAUCAGCAGCCAGCAGCUCCCUGCUUUCACUCCUACUCCUCACUCUGCUGCUUGUGUGAACAUUAAGUAAUCUGGGAUGACCAGAAACCCAUCUGGUAGAGUGCAUGCCUUUUGCACAUUACAGUGUCCCAUGUUCAAUUCCAGCCACCCCUUUUACUGCAUGUCAUCCCUUUUUCCAUUCCCACCUGUCUCCAUCAUAAUGCAGAAAUGCCAAAACAAAUCACAAUUAAAAUAAAUGUUUAAAAAUAGAAAUAUGGAGACAGACCAUGGAAGCAUUAACAGCUUGAGGAAAGAGUGAUCUGAGCUCAGACAUUACAUUUGAAUUGUUUUUUUGUUUGUUGUUCAACGGGGGUGGAUUUGUGAAUGUUGUGAACUUUAUCAGUUUUGUUAUUUGAAGGAUUUUACCAUCUCAACAGAUGGCAUUUCUUCACACUUCACAUAAUCUGUGGAAUCAUAAAUAGGCCUAAUCAUAUGGUCCAACAUUUUCACAUACUGUUAUUUGGUUUACAGAAGUCUUUUGAAAAGUUAAACUUGUGUGUGCGCUGACAACAACGCAGCUGAAAAGAAUUUAUUUCUUUAUUUUUUUGUAAAUAUUUCAUGCACAACCUUCAAACACUACACCGUGUAUGAUGCUGCAUAUGUAACUCCACUACACAUAAGCCGUUUCUGUGCAAAGCGAUGUGGCUUCCAGAUCCUGUUUAUUCCAGGUAAAAUCCAGCACUUAAUAGUUUCAACAGCAAGUUUUGUGUAUUUAAAUGUUACCUCUUUAUCUACUCCAAAUCUUGUUCCAGAAAUUGGCUUGCUAAAUACACAGGAUCCAACAACUGUAUGUAAAAACUACCUAUCCAUAAUAUAUGAUGCAUCAUUUCAUCUCAUCUUCUGUGAAACACUCCUUCUUCAAGCUGUUUGUCUUUUAAGUUUUAAAGGAAAAAACGCAAAUCUUUAUAUAAUAAUAUAUUAAGAAUGUAUAUACGUGUUUUAUAUUGUGUACAUUUGCCUGUGUAUAGAUGUUUUAACUGUAAUUUGUUUUACAUUUGUUGUGUUAAGUAGCUUAUUUGGAGUUAUUGUAAAAAAGUUAAACUAAUAUGUGUUGUGUUGUAUCUGUAAUUUUCUGUAUUAAAGUGUUGGACACUUGA